AUGGGCUAUAAGCCUGAAGUAAUCAUUGAAUCCCUGAGAGACCAAAAAUACGACGAGGUGAUGGCAACUUACCUUAUAUUGCAGCACCAGUCACCUGCGGGGGACUGUGGCCACAACCAGGUUGGAUCACGUGACAGCCGGACUGAUAGUGACCAUUCAUCUCUGGGUCUGGAGGAAGAGGACAGCUCAAGCUCCUCCUCUGAGGAUUUAUCAGAGAUGACGACAGUCAUAGAGAUAGAGUCGACUAUAGUCGCAGAGGAAAAGACCCUAACACAGGAAGACAUCGAUGCUCAAGAAGCAAUCAUUGCCCUGAGACAGGACAUGGAGGCCUGCUCCUCUGUGGAGGACCCCUUCAACACCGACUAUAGAAUGAUGAGGACUCUGGGACACGGACAUUUUUCUGAAGUGAAACUCGCCUUCCAUGUUCCCACUGUGACCUGUGUGGCUGUAAAACUCCUUAGAAAUAAGAAGAAGUACAACUCGAUUUUUAACAGUGAAAUAAGCGUUAUGAAAUCCAUGAACCACCCCAAUAUCAUCAAACUUUUUCACGUGAUCGAGACGGAAGAGAUCACCUACCUGGUGAUGGAGCAUGCCUCAGAGGGAGAGCUGCUGCGGCGGAUCCUGGAACGGGGGUCUCUACCGGAGUGCGAGGCUGAAAGGAUAUUUACUCAGGUGGUGCAUGCAGUGAAUUACUGUCAUAACAAUCAAGUUGUCCAUAGAGAUAUAAAAGCCACCAACAUCCUUAUGGACUGCAGGGGGAAUGCCAAGCUGAUUGAUUUUAGCCUCGCUGUGAAAGUAACUCCUGGGCAGAAGCUGCGGGGUUUCUGUGGCACUCUGCCCUAUUGUGCCCCAGAACUCUUUGCACGGGGGGAAUACGAUGCGUACCCCAUCGACAUGUGGUGUUUAGGGAUUCUCCUCUUUCUCAUGGUGGCUGGGCACUUCCCUUUCCAAGCCAAAUCUUUGGCAGGCAUGAGGAACGAGGUCACCUCAGGCAACUUCACCAUUCCUAAGCAUGUUUCUAUCGACAUUUUCAAUGUCAUCUUGGAAUUACUGAUAAUCAGUCCCGGCAGAAGGCCCACCAUCAAGGACAUCAUGAGGCGCCCCAUGAUCAGGGCCAGUGAGGCACGUUCACCACCUACCUCCACCCCUAGCCUCCCAGGCACCCCGAGCCCUAGCAUUGUCGGGACCAUGAGAGUCAUGGGCUAUAAGCCUGAAGUAAUCAUUGAAUCCCUGAGAGACCAAAAAUACGACGAGGUGAUGGCAACUUACCUUAUAUUGCAGCACCAGUCACCUGCGGGGGACUGUGGCCACAACCAGGAGAGCUGA